UGUGACCACGUUAUCUCUCUGAGCAUUCGCAAAUUGAGACAAUCUCAAACACUACAUUAUGGGUGCCAAUGAUUGCAGUUCAUUCAGAGAGAUUCAGUCAUCAGCUGGAGUUUGACGAAAGAAAUGUUAAUUCUAGGGACGCGUACAUUUCUCCUUGAAACUUCUAAGAGUCAACGUGUAGAAAUUAUGCUUGCCAACAUAAGUGCUGUGAUCCUAAUAAUUCUUCUAAGUAGUAGAACCACUGCCCAGCAAACCCCAACACAAUGCGGAGAAAAGAAAGCUGUCAGAAACUACAUGAUCAUCGGUGGAACCGAUACCAAACCAGGUGCUUGGCCGUGGCAUGCCGCCUUAUUCACCAAGAAAGGUCAAACCAUGAAGUACGUCUGCGGUGGAACGCUCAUCGGCACGGAAUUUGUGCUAACAGCAGCACACUGUAUCAUCAAUGCCGAAACGGGAAGCGAACUACCGCCGGAACGUAUCGUUGUUCGACUAGGAAUCUAUGAUUUGAACGACUUGAGCACGCAACAGGAGUGUGACAUUCGUACGAUUUAUAAACCCGGUGAUUUCACAAGUGACGGUACGAAAAACGAUAUUGCCAUUCUCAAGCUAAAGCAGUCCGCGAAUCUCAACAGCUAUGUUCAACCGGCUUGCCUCGGAACAUUUUCCAGCCUUACCGGUACCUACGGAACAGUCGUUGGCUGGGGCAUGACCGAAGGGUACAAGCUAACGUCGAAGCUGAAAAGCGCUGUAAUGCCCGUUGUGAGUUCUAGCACUUGUAUCAACAGCAAUCCGGAUGUCUUCGGGCAAACGCUGGAUAGAACGAUGCUGUGCGCGGGAUAUACCAACGGCACCAGCGUGUGCAAUGGCGAUAGUGGUGGUGGACUGUUCUUCAAGGUUGGUAGUGCUUGGUACUUGGGAGGUAUUGUUUCGUUUGCGGCGCAACGGGACGAUGGAUCGAACCUCUGUAGCUCCGAUAGUUAUGGUGCUUUCACCAAUGUGGGUGCCUAUCUGUCGUGGAUUUUGGAGAAAACUGGAUUACGUCUUCCCUAUGCCCAGCCAACCCAGGCGCCGUCCACAGUCUCACACUCAUCCGGAGGCAACGUAGACUGCGGUCCGGGAUGUCGGGAUUUCAACUGCCAUGUAGAUCGGCGUUGCGUCAGCAAAGUGGCGCACAAAACGGCCGUCCAUUAUCCACACCGGGAUUGCACCAAAUAUUACACCUGUAAGGAGCGAUCGAACGUCAUUUGCGAAUUUGACUGCCCUGCGGGAUUGCACUUCAACCGGAACCGGAACGUUUGCGACUGGUCGUGGUCGGCUGGGUGCACUUCUUAAAUAGAGUAGUGGAAAGGAGGACGAGACAUAAACUUGUAAAUUCUAUUAGACCCCUAAAACAGAAUUAAAACCAAGAAACUUUAAUUUAAAUGUUUUCAUAGGAAGAAUCAGUAACUUAUACAUUUCGGGACCUAAGCUGGCUACACAAUCCGUAUGAGGCACCAUUCGCAGUUGCAAUAUCUGUUUUUACUUCACCAGAAAAGUCAAUGCCACAUGUUUGAAAAGAUAAGCAAAUUCUUUAAUAACUUCAAACACAUCCCCAUAAAUCAGUACCUCGGCUACUACACCAGAAGACCAGCCUCUAUAUCUAUCGGAAAUCAUGUUCUUCGUCUUGGUCGAGUUUAUCGUCAAGCUUAUGCUCGCCUGCUCCCUUUUC